UCGCUCUGGAUGGUGUCCACCACCCUUGUCCCCAUCCUGGUCCCUGUUCCAGUCCCCUUGCCCCUCCCCUGGGCUGCGGAGCGCGGUGGCAGGAAGCCGUGGCGUCACAGUGAGUCAACCUGGGUGACGAGAGACCAGGACGCUGUGGGGACAGCGGCGCUUCGGGGACCAGGACAGCUCGGGGACAGGGACCCCCAUGGUGGGACACGGCCCCUCGGAGCAGGGUGGCUGGGCUGGCCCUGGGAUGUGGGGGCUCGGGGUCAUCAUCCCCCUCCUUGGUGCAUGCGCCCUGCAGGUGAGCCAGGAUCCGGGGGAGGUGCGGGUGAUGGCGGGUGACGAGGUGGCCCUGGGGUGCCGGGUGGUGGUGGCCGAGCCCUGGGACCUGCUGCGGCUCGAGUGGGUGAAGGACGGGGGGCACGGGGCGCUGUGUGCCACCCGCCUGCACCCCACUGCCCUCGCCUCCCCCGCCCCCUGCGCCCCCCGCCUCCACCUGGCCUGGCACCCCCCCCGGGCCACCCUCAGCCUCCGCCAGGCACAGGGGGAUGAUGCCGGGCGCUACCUCUGCCGGGUCACCCUUGAGAUCCCCCACCACGGCACGGCCACCGGCAACGGCACCCUGCUCAGUGUCAGCACAGGUACCCCGCGGGGGCCUUGCUCUGCUCCUCCUCCCUGGGGGCCUGAGUGGGGUCCCUGGGAGGUGGCAUCACCAUGGGGGUUGAUGGAGUCUGGGAGAUUGCAUCAUGCAGGGGUUGAUGGAGUCCACGGGAGGUGGCAUCACCACGGGGGGCUGGUGUGGGGGCUGGCGGGGGCCCUGGGGGGCACAGCCCUCCUCCUGGGGCUGGCCGUCCUCGGCCACCGGCGCUGCCGCAGGAGCUCAGACGCUGUCAUCUACAUGAACAUGCUGCCCCGCUCGGCGCGGGACCCCAAGAAGCUGCUGCCACCCCCCACGGUGAUGGAGAACAGCAUGUACCAGGGGGAGCUGCAGCGGGCACGGGGCCCCCCCACUGCCCCCCGGCCCUGA